AUGGCCGGACGGACCGGUCUACUGGAAUGGUUUUUCUUGCUUGCAUUCUGUACACUCAGAAUAGUUGGCGGCAGCAUGGCAAUAGGUAGUGGCAGUUUAGCUGCGGAGAUCAUAUCCAGCGUUGGAAUAUCUCCACUACUACUUACGGUAGAUGGGUUUCUGAGAACACUGCGAGACCCUGGGCUAAAUCGACGCGUGCAGUGGUUGUUCAUGGCUGUAAUGCAUAUCCUGGCUGUGACGGGCGUUGCAAUAGUCGCAGCCGAGGCGGGAGGCCUCGCCAGUCGAGAUCCCUCGCUGAACGACUUGUCCCUCCUCCAGACUGGCAUGGCCCUGCUCACAGCUGCAUGGGUGAUCCUGCUGACCUGGGCCUUGUGCGCAUUGCUACAAGGUCAAUCCCAUACGUUCAUCGGCAUACGCAAGGCCCAGCUGAACCCAGUCACCGGCUCGCUGGUCAUUCGCGUUCUGCUUAGCUCACUUCCUGAGCUGAUUGCGACUCUCAUAUUCAUUUUAGUGGGCUUUCAGACACUUACUUUCAAUAUACACAGGCAAGGCCUACAGUGA